AUGCUCUCUUGAUCUGGAGGAUUGAACAAAUAUUCCAAUAAAAUAGCCUUGAUAGAUUUCCUCAUCUACACAAAGGGCACUGUUAUUUUAUGCCAAUAACUUUUUGUUUAUUAAAUGUUCUCGUUUGUCACAUUGGGGAAUUAAACCACCGCUUUUUAUGCUCGCCGGAGCAUUCAUAAAUGACAGUAGAAUACAGGACAGGUUGGUUGUCGAACAGCAAAUCCUCAAGACAAACCUGAAAUCUACCAAAUCUACCAUAUACCGACUAUCGAGGAACUACAAUCCCAAGAUUCUGUUCUGUGCAUAGCAUCCCUGAAGCGAGAGGUGCAGCAUCAUACAUUUCGGAUCAACAGAAGCUCAUUGAGGAAGCUAGCUGCGGUGCAGCUCUGUCACAGCCGAGCAGAAAUUUUCAUCACAAUGUUCAUAUUAUUAUGCACAGCCUUUGGAGUGAUCGGACUGCUUCUGAUGUUGUUGUCGCCUCACAUUAGGAAAUAUGCAGCUGGUGGGGUGUGCCAUUCCAAGGCCCGCCUUGAUGGGAAGACUGUACUAAUUACCGGUGCAAACACAGGCAUUGGGAAGGAGACUGCCGUGGAUCUGGCCAGCCGUGGAGCCCGGGUGAUCCUGGCGUGCCGUGAUGUGGAGAAAGGCGAGAUGGCAGCGACGGAGAUCCGUACCAAAGUGGGUGGUGCCAAGGUGGAGGUCCGCGAGCUGGACCUGGCUGAUGUCAGCUCCAUCAGGACAUUCGCUCAGAAAUUCCUCUCAGAGGUGAACCACUUGCAUGUCCUGAUUAACAACGCUGGAGUAAUGAUGUGUCCAUACAUGAAGACGGCAGAUGGCUUUGAAAUGCAGUUUGGAGUCAACCAUCUCGGCCAUUUCCUGUUGACGUACCUCCUGAUUGGUCUUCUGAAGAGGAGCGCUCCGUCCCGUAUCGUAGUGGUCUCCUCGUUGGCACACUACUUUGGCUGGAUCCGCUUCCACGACCUGAUGAGUCAGGGCAGCUACAACAGUGGUCUGGCCUACUGCCAGAGCAAGCUGGCCAACAUACUCUUCACCCGCGAGCUGGCAAAGAAGCUAAGAGAUUCCAACGUGACCGUGAAUUCAGUGCACCCAGGAUCUGUUCGUUCAGAAUUGGUCCGCCACUCGACCAUCAUGUCUCUGAUGUUCACGUUCUUCGGGAUCUUCCUGAAGACCCCUCGGGAAGGAGCUCAGACGUCCAUCUACUGCGCUGUGGCUGAGGAGCUGGAUUCCUUCUCUGGCAAGCACUUCAGCGACUGCACUCCAGCCUUCGUGGCUCCGCAGGGCAGGAGCGAAGACACGCAGCGCAAGCUGUGGGACGCGAGCUGCGAGCUGCUGGGGAUCGAGUGGGACUGACCUGUGAACCAUGCCCACAUCACCUCUGCCCUCCUUCCCCACUUCCUCCACAUAGAUAUGACCACUAGAUGCCACAUUAUCCUGUACAUGGUGGUAACACCACGGGUAUUUCUCAAAGUGAAGUGCGGCCUAGCCUGGAGUGGCUAGGACGAGUAGCGCAUAUUUUUUGCGGAUUUCACCCAAGAAUAACUAGUUCUAACAGGGUUCCCACGGGUCAUGGAAUUUCUGGAAUAUCAUGGAAUUUCAUAAAAGUUUUUCCAGUCAUGGAAAGUCAUGGAAUUGGAAUAUCAUGGAAUUUUCUUAACAGCUGUUUAGGAGCAAAAACCUUUUUGUUUGGUGUAUAACAUUGUUUCUUACUGAUUAUACUACAGCGCUUCGCCACAGACGGUUUGGUUUCACACUGUAAUGUGCAGCAUUCUAGAAUGCAAUGAGCCCACUGAACUCUGGCAGUGGCUCGGUGUCGUCUCGAGGCGUGAAAAUAAUCUUCAGUUUUGCACUUUUUAAAAUGUUUGAACGUCAUUUUUUUUACGGAAAUGGUCAUGGAAAUUCUGUUUUUGGGGUCUAGAAAGUCAUGGAAAAUCAUGGAAUUUUAUAUCUGAAUUAGAGUGGGAACCCUGUUCUAAGUAUAAUUAAUAAUCGGAUACACCUUGAAAAAAUGGGCGUUACUCAUCCUAGCAAGGCUACUGGGACACUUCACAUUGAGAAACACCCCACAUCUAUGAAAAACAUUGUAGGAUUCCGGCCGAAGACCCAGGGUUGGGCCAUGCCAAAGGGCUAAACACGGCAUCCAGUAUUGAUAUCUAUGCUUCCUCAACAACUCCCAGGCCCACAGAUACAGUAUAGAAGAACACUAGAUGUUGUGUUGACUACCUACGCAUGUCUAUUGGAACGAAUGUCUUAAUUUGAUCGCCGCCAUCUUUGUUCAGUGGUAACGCUGUUUGAUUUUUAGAUUUUUUUGUUGGUCUUUAUCGACUUUAUUUGAUAGGACAGUGUGAGAGGUGAGACAGGAGAAGCGAAUUGGGAGAGAGAUGGGGAGGGGUCUAAAAAGACCCGGGCCGGGAAUAGAACCCGGGUCAGCAGCAUGGCAGGCGAGUAUCCCUACCGGUUGACUACGGCAGGGCCGGUACCACUGCUUGAAUGAGUAAUCUGGAGGUGAUGGUAAAACAGCAUCUUUGCCAAGAUUGUGAAAAAGAGGUCACAAGAUGGCGGCGCUCGAAGCGUGCCAUGCCAAAAGGCUGAAAACAACAUCUAGUGUUCUAUAUCUAUGUUACAAGCCUCCCAUAUUGUGUAUGCGUUCCAAUAUGCGACCUUGCUUCCUCCACGUGCUUGUGGCCUUGUACCAGAAAGACUGACAGACAACAGCAAUAUAUAGAUAUUAUAUUUCAAUAUCUUGCAAAAGCUCAAUUGUUAAGUCUUUUUCUCAUUUGCAAUUGGGAUGGUAAAUGAAAAACAGUCCCCCAAAAGUUGUUGUGGCUAGGCUGACAGCUGGGAAACUUUAUUUUCUCCAAGGAGGAGGGGCCAGGAGGCGGGGCGAGGCCACAAG